AUGCGCAUUACCGGCACACUAACCGCCGCUACCGCGCAUGCGUCCAGCCGGCGCCUGGGAAGAUGGUGGCGGGCGUAAUGUGAGAGGGAGUGAAGGGUCGCGGCUGUGAGGAGAUCGCUGGCCGCGGGCUGCAGAAAUGGAUCUAACUUCUUCCAUGAAAUCCCUGUUGCUGGCUAUCUCGCAAUAUAAAAAUGCCAAAUCUGACAACAAUGCAUUACAAAUACAAAGGCAAUUGGAUGUAAUUUCUGGAAUGAAAGCAGUACGUGUAUUUGCAACAAAUCAAAGUUUGCCAAGUGAAUGCCUGAACAGUCUUGUGGAGCUUGUUGGUGAUCCUAACAUAAAAGUAACACUGAAUCUGAAAAUUAUAGGAUUACUCACCCAAUUAGCGUCGGACAGUGAGAUGAGGGAAAUAUUGCAUUCGUACAAUCUCGUCACUGCGCUUGCAGCAGUGGUUCAUCAUAACAGUACAACUCCCAAAGAGCAGGUGGUAAUGCAAAGCCUGCAGCUUCUGCAGAAAACAACUUACAACACCAGAGUUUUUCAUUGUGGUACAAAUAUUGAUGAACUGAUUGCGUUUCUGGUGAAACAUAUUCAAGUCCCAGAAGAUGAGCUUACGUUACCAUGUCUAGGAUUGAUGGCAAACCUUUGUCGUCACAACCUUUCUGUCCAGGCCUAUAUAAAAUCAUUGAAUAAUUUAAAAGGGUUUUAUCGGUCUCUUAUUAAAUUCUUAGCUCACAGCAGUUUAACCAUGGUGGUUUUUGCACUUUCCAUACUAUCAAGUCUAACUCUCAAUGAAGAGGUGGGAGAAAAGCUGUUUCAUGCCAAGAACAUCCACCAGACCUUCCAGCUUAUAUUUAAUAUCCUGGUCAAUGGAGAUGGAACACUGACCAGGAAAUAUGCUGUAGAUCUGCUGGUGGAUCUCCUUAAGAAUCCCAAGAUUGCAGAUUUCCUCCAAAGGUAUGAACAUUUCAAAUCAUGCCUAUGUCAAGUGCUGUGUCUUCUUCGUGGUAAAGAUUCAGAUUCAGCAGCCAAGAUCCUUGAAUUGCUAGUUGCAUUUUGCUCGGUGAACAGUCUCAGGAGAAUAUUAUGCCACACAAUAUUCGCAACAUCUGAAGAACGAACCACCACAACUAAGCUCAAAUCACAAAUUCAACCUUCAGAGCCAAUUAUUACUCUUAUCCACUGGUCGAAUCAACCACUUGAGAACCUUGAGAGGUGUUCAGUACUUGCUCUAGUUCUUCUCAAGGAGCUAUUUGAGGAAAUAAUCGACAGCAUCCUUUGGACCACAGUUGAGCCAUUUAUGGAGCUGCUUUUUCCUGUUAUCUUGGAGCAGUUACAGAUUCAAGACCAUACUUUAGAAGAUGCUCUAUUAAAAAAGAAAUAUGAUCGGAUUGCAAAGGCUCUUGAUAUUCUGCUGGUGCUUUGUGGCGAUGAUACAGUAAAACUGCAGAUUGCAAAGGUUCUCACUGCCAGAAAUUGUAUGUCAAUUCUGGAGUAUCAGUUUGCAUACAAUCGGAUCGAAGUCGGUUACCGAACCAAUGUAGCAGACGUGGAGCUAUGUCAAAUAGGUACAGAUGUUGUCUUAAAGACUCUUACCGUAAUGAGUAGAGUCAAACAGUUGGUGCCAAACAUGGAAGCAAGCUUUUAUAAGAUUUUGCAGGACCAGCGGCUUACCUCAGCUUUGUCGUUUGCAUUGUCGUCCGAGAACAGAGAGUAUGUCCAGUUUGCGUUAAGGAUUCUGUUCGAGGCAGCACCUUUGCCUGAUUUUCCUGCAAUGAUGCUUGGAGAGAGCAUUGCUGCCAAUAACGCAUGUAAGCAACAGAAUGGUGAUCACAUAAUGAAGAAAAUUCCUGUGCAGCAGCAUUCAGCAAACUUUGUAAUACCAAAAUGUUCAAGCACCGCCGAUGCGAACAGAUCAAAUAUUCAUGAAUUGAUUGAUAAGUUGCAAUUAGGAACAGAGCUGAAGGAACAAGUCAAGGAUGUUAGGCUUUCAGAUGUGAUGGAUGUCUAUGAACAGAAGCUUUCUUCCCUUGCAUCCAAAGAAAAUCGUUUACAAGAUUUGUUGGAAGCUAAAGCACUGGCCCUAGCACAGGCUGACCGUUUGAUUGCCCAGUAUCGUUAUCAAAGAGCCCAUGCAGAGGCAGAGGCACGACAAUUAGCCUCACUUCUGAUGGAAGCAGAGAGAAAAAAUGAAGAGCUUGAUGGAGUGCUGAAGACUCAGCUGCUGGAAUCUGACCGUGCCAAGGCUGAUAUUGAAGAGCUUUAUCAUCACAAUUGUAAACUACAGACUGUAGCUGACGAGCACGAAUCCUUGAAGAUUACUUCAAAAAAUCUUUCUCAAAAUCUUGAUAAUGUUGAAAGGCAAUUUAAAGAACUUCAGAUUGAAUAUAAAUCAUUGGGCAAGCAAUGUGAAUUGUUCAAAAAGCAAGUUGAUUCACUUAAGCAACAGAAUGACAGGUGCCAUGCUCAAUUCGCGGAAUUGGAAGCACAGAAAAAUGAGAUGUGCAUCCAGUUACAGGAAAAGGACAAUAAAUUAUUGGAUUUACAACAAAGGUCCCAGGCACAACACGAAAAAAUAAAAACAAUGGAGAAGGAGAAAGAGGACAUGGGAGAAGCUAUUAGUGCACUCCAAAGGGAGCUUAGCAAGAUCGAGUUAGCACGGAAAGAACUCAGCAUUAAGUUGUCAUCCUUAGAAGUACAGAAAUCGCAGCUGGAGGCCCGGUUACAACAACAGGAAGCCUUGGUCCAAGCACAGCAGGAGGAACUCGGCAAACAUUCCCAGAUGAUAGCAAUGAUUCAUAGCCUGAGUAGCAGUAAAUUGCCAUCGAACACUGUCAAUCUCAGUCUGUAGCCUUGCUGCUUUCUGGCAUUUUAAUGUGAACAGAAAUGGAGCUGAGAUCAACUGUUACCUUUAAGUCUCUGUGGCUGGAAGAUGACAUGUUCAUACUAUGGGAUAAAAGGUACAAAUUAUUUUUAACUACAUUUUAAGCCAUUAAAUAUGAACAGCAUUUAAAGUGUUGGCUUUGGAAGCAAGUAUUUGAUGUUGCUUGAAUCACACUGCUCUGGGCCCUUAUUAUGUGUAAAAAUACUGACGUUGCAGGCUGUAGAUUUGUGUAGUCACAUUUAGGUUUGACCACAUUUUCGUUCAUGAUAUAGUAAAAUACUGCAAAUAACCAAACAUUUCAGUAGUGUGUAUAUAUUGAGGAGGUGUCCUUUAGAUUUGGACAAUAGUUCUUUCAAACUUGAACAAGUCUGUACCUAGUGAUAAAGUAGUGGAAUUUUACUGAUAUAUUAAUACUUGAUAUAGGUCGACCAUUAAAUCCUGCCCUGGAUUCUAAUAUCCAAACCCAGUUACAAUUGUCCUUUAUCAAUUCUACAUUUGAUUUUAUUGCAGUAUUUAAGAUGAGUAAAUUCAUCUUAAUCGUGAUGUUCAUCGGCUCGUGCGCAAAGAUAUUAGUUAGAAGUUAUUUUUCAAACUUCUUAUAACGAUGUCUGACAGCUUGUAAAACAAAAACCAGUCCACUGAUUUAAAAUUUAAGCUAAACAAUGUAUUCAACUAAUUACAUUGCAAAAAAUGACCAUGUGCACUUCUCACUAAUUCGACUCAUUUUCACAUUAGUAAAGAGUUUUGACACUA